AAGACUGAAGACACUCAGAAACUCACUGCCUUCGGUAGGACGUCCACGUUGCUUCUGCGAGGACGAGGAGCGCAACAGUUGGUUGUCAUCUCUUGACAGUACAAACACUUACUAAUAUGUCGCCUGCAAAUGGAAAGAGACCUAUUGUAGAUGUGACCCGCUCUGAAAGCAUCAGCGCCAGCCACAGGUUACACAGCAAACUACUUGGAGAUGAGGAGAACAGCAGAAUCUUUGGGAAGUGCAAUAAUCCCAACGGCCAUGGUCACAAUUAUAAAGUGGAUGUGACUGUGCGAGGGCCGGUGGAUGAGGUGACAGGGAUGGUGAUGAAUGUGACAGACCUCAAGGUGAUCAUCCAGAAGGUGGUGAUGAACGUAUUUGACCACAAGAAUGUUGAUCUGGAUGUGCCAGUAUUCAGGGACACAAAUCUGGUGAGCACAGCAGAAAACAUUGCAGUGGUUAUUUACGACGACAUCCAGAAACUUCUUCCAGAGGGAGUUAAGCUUUACAGGAUUAGGCUCCACGAGACUGGCAAAAAUGUGGUGGAUUACUACGGCAUCCGGGAGUGAGAGGAAGGAUACUCGCAACAAUAUAUCACUUCAAGCCAUGAGAAAGCAUGUCUUCCUGAUUUGGGUCACAAGUCAACAAAGUAGAUGAAGCAGCUCACACCAUACUGCAAUUUAAAGUGGCAACAAAGACUGAUUUUUUUUAAAUUUUUGUGGGAAUUAUUAAAUAGAAACAGCAAGUCAGUGAUAAUUAAUGUGUUCUGAAAGAUCUUUCGUUUGAUAAGCAUAUAAGAAGUAUUUUCUGUAGAUUGAUAAAUUGCAAACUGAACAA